GACCUUAUAAUCCUUUGUAGUACAGACACUCUUAUCUCAACAUUGCAUACAUACUGACUUCACAGCGAUUCUGGGAAUGAUUUAUAUAAGCCAUGACGAUUAAUGCUGUAUUUGUUAUUGUCGCUUUAGUUUGUUCGAUCAAACAAAUUCAUUGUGUUGGAUGUAAUGUAGGAUGGAUUCAGUUUCAGAACAAAUGCUACUGGUUCAGCCAUGACUCCCGAUCUUGGGGGGAAGCAGAGGGACUUUGUUAUGUGUUUCACUCAAAGCUAGCAGAACCAUUGACCGACGCCGAAUCUCACUUUCUGAUAAGUCAUAGUCAAGUCUAUCCUUCCAGCUUUUGGAUUGGUAUAUCCGACAUGAUAGAGGAAGAUAGAUGGAUUUACUCCUCCAAUCAAAACGUCAUACAAGUGAAUGGAUGGUUUCCAGGAGAACCGAACGGACACACCGGAGAAAACUGCGUCGCUCUAGAAAAGAGUGUUCAUGGAAAAUGGAUUGAUGUUGACUGCAAACGAGCAUAUAGAUUUGUGUGUGAAGCUGAUGUUAAAGAAAUAGACGGAAUAGAUGUAAUAGGUUAACUUUUGAUGAGUAUGUUUACUAUUGUCAAAAUGAAACUAUUUACAUGUGUUA